AUGGUGUGGGAUGCCGCUGCAGUAGCCCACGGAAUAUCCCUUAACUCCGCGCUACUCAAAGGACCGGAUCAACUCAGCGAGCUGUUUACCAUACUGGUACAAUUCCGUGAAGGCCGGGUCGCUCUAACUGGAGAUGUGCGCGAAAUGUUCCUGCAAGUGCUCAUGCAUCCGGAAGACCAGCAGUGUCAGAGGUUCCUCUGGUAUGAUGAAGAUAGGACCCCCUCCAUAUACGUUCUCCAGGUGAUGACAUUCGGGGCCCCCAGCGCCCAGUUCGUGAAAAACCUAAACGCCGAGCGCUUCAAAGGGGAUUAUCCAGCGGCGGCUGAAGUGAUCCAGAAACGGCACUACGUUGACGACAUGCUGGUGAGUGUGGCAACAGAGAAAGAAGCUGUCGAACUCGCAUUGCAAGUGAAGGCGGUACACGCAGCUGGCGGCUUCGAAAUCCGUAAUUGGAUCAGCAACUCCAAACGCGUCGCUGAGGCCUUAGAGGUGAACAACACUGAAGAAAAGAACCUCGAUCUUUCACCGGAAUUAUCCACGGAGAAGGUGCUUGGUAUGUGGUGGUGCACCGACGUAGACACCUUUACCUACAAGGAAAUCUGGCGCUCCGGCAUCGGCUGGGAUGACCAAGUCAUUUUCAAAAGAUGGCAAACCUGGCUCAAAGUCCUUCCUACAAUCGAAAAGAUCGGCAUUCCUCGGUGCUACAUCAGCGAGUCAAGCAUCCACUACGGAGACAUACAGCUUCACACAUUCGUAGAUGCAAGUGAAAACGGUAUCGCGGCUACCUGCUACUUACGAUUCAAUUAUCAGGAUGUUGUCGAGUGCAAAAUAGUCGCCGCCAAAACCCGAGUCGCGCCGUUGAAAUUCCUCUCUAUACCUCGUCUAGAGCUUCGGGCGGCCCUAAUCGGCUCUCGACUUGCCCGAACACUCUCCGAAGCUCUCACGAUCCACGUUACCCGUCGAGUUUUCUGGUCUGAUUCCCAAGAUACCCUGUGCUGGAUCAGAUCUGACUCACCAUUCGUAGCGUUUCGGGUUAGCAAAAUUCUCGAGCUGACGGAGAUGGCCGAAUGGAGAUACGUUCCCACCGAUCUGAACGUUGCGGAUGAUGGAACAAAAUGGACAGGACUUCCAAAUAUGAAGCUCCAAGCCAGAUGGUUCAACGGCCCACAAUUUCUGUAUCUCGCGGAAGACCAUUGGCCACGCACGUCGAAAGGCUCUCAAACCAGCGACCUAGAACUUCGUCCCAGUGCAAUGGCACACUUCACCGCUUCUGAUCCCAUCGUACAAGUGAACGACUUCUCCAAUUGGGGUCGAUUAGUUCGAGUUGUUGUAUUUGUACAACGUUUCUCUAACAACUGCAAAUUGAAAUGUUUGAAGCAGUCUAUAAUAAGCUGCCCUCUUUCCAGCUCAGAAAUAAGCUCGGCUGAAGCAUAUCUACUACGCCAGGCGCAGUUGGAAAGUUAUCCCGACGAAGUCGCUCUUUUUCAAAGAUCGCAGCACGAGCCAACAGCACAUAAAACACCGUUGCCUAAAGCAAGUCCGCUGCACCAAAAAUCACCUUGGCUGGACCAGAAUGGAGUAUUGCGAAUGCGAGGCCGCAUUACCAACUGCGAUUACGCCACCGAAGACGCCAAAAAUCCAAUUAUCCUCCCACGUGACCACCCAACCACCAAGUUGAUUAUUGCACAUUUCCACCAAAAAUUCCACCACCAGUAA